AUGGCAGAUUUUUUCGUAGUGGACAUGCAAUACGUCAUGGACUAUUGCGUUACCUGUGAGGUGGUGACAGCAUCAGAGCCUGACGUCAAGAACAAAGCGCUGUACACUCCGGAAAUAAGAACGACGAGAAGAAGAACAUGCAGGAGAUCAGUACUGCAAGGUGAUCUGGAUGCUGUAUGGAAGUGGUCCAUCACUUGGCAGCUCCCACUCAAUUUGGAUAAAUGCACAGUCCUUCAUAUGGGAAAACAUAAUCCGAACCACUCCUACUACUUAUCCCACCAUGCUAUUAAAUCUGUUGCAUCUCAGUCAGAUCUGGGGGUCAUUGUCACUGAGGAUCUGUCCUGGUCUGAGCAUAUAGCUGCUGCCUCCAACAAAGCCAAGAGAAUGUCGCUUCUCCUACAGAAGACUUUUGGCCGUUGUGAUCCUCACACUUGCAGCGUACUCUACACCACAUAUAUUCGGCCCAUCCUCGAAUAUGCUGAUCCAGUUUGGGCCCCGGUGCUGGCCCGUGAUGAGAAGGCCCACUUUAAGGAAAGACUUUCUUUAAUGCACCUCACGCCAUUUGCUAACCGUCGUCUGAGGGGUGACCUGAUCACAACUUAUAGAGCCCUUCACGGCUUGUUCAACGUUGAUGUGUCCCAUCUCUUCUGCCUUAAUGCUGACACUCGUCUGCGUGGCCACAACUUCAAGCUGACGAAGGAGAGGUUCCGGUCCACCAGCAGAGAGUUCUUCCUCCCCAACAGGGUUUUUAAUUCCUGGAAUGGCCUUCCGACAGCAGCAGUGAACGCCUGCUCCUCGGCCUGCUCUGUGAAUGGCUUCAAGAGUGCUAUGGACAGAUGGUUCGCCAGUGUUUCUUCGUGA